GUGGAUGCUUUCUGUGAUGAACCAUCAGACACCAGAGUGGAUGUAUCUCCAGACACUCUUACCUCUGCAGUGGGUGGUACUGACCACACUAAUCAUGCAGCUUACUUCUCUUUAAAUGUUAUUUGUACAGAUUUUGAGCCUUAUCAUGGUGACCUGGUAGAAGUUGAAUUUUCCAUCCAGCCAGGCACACAGAACAGAAAGGCCAUCUCCGUGAAGCCUCUGGCACACAAGCAUGUGAAUGAGGUCUGCAUUACUAGCAUACAUGGAAGACAUGGGGUGGUGGACAAUGCUAUCUUUUUCACUUUGGAUUCUCUGAAACUUCCUCCUGGAUACGUUCCUCAAUUACAUGACCUUGUCAAUGUGGUCAUAGUGGAGAGCGCUCAGUCCUGCUAUACCUGGAGAGCGGUUUCCAUGACCCCAGUGCAAAUGUCGCAGUAG